AUGCACACAUUGGCGCAUGAUGAUAAAUCCAUAAUUAACGUUAAGGAUAAUUUGCAAGCACAGAUUUGCUGCCAGAGUGAAUUAUUUGGAAUGCACACAAAUGUAGAUGAGGAUACGGUGUAUACAAGCCGAACACAGCACACAAUUUUUGCUUAUUCACCUUUUGGAUUAGCGACGAAUGAAUAUAACAUUGAUAUACAAGGCCAGAUCGAGGGCAAAGUGGGGCAAGCUAGAACAGCAAGUAACACGGAUCGUACUCAACAAACGCGAGCGGAUCUUGGCUUGUCUUAA